AUGCUGUCGCCAGCAGUGCUGACCCUGCUCGUCGUGGCUUCCACCGCACGAGCCGCUGCAACCCCGCUGCUGCUGAGCAAUCCCAUGACGACGCGCCAGAUGGCCCCGGAUGUCGUGGCCUCGGUCGAUCGCUACGCCGCCGCCGCUUGUACGGGCACUAUUUGUAAUGUAGCCGGCUCCGGCGACUUGCUCGUAGGAUGCAAUGUCAUUCGAGAUGGGUGUCGCGCCAGUCUUGUGCUGAAUUAUGCGAAUAACGGGUGUAAGGUGACGGCUUGGGCGGAUGAAAAGUGCAAGAAUACGGUUGAAGCGGUGAGUCUGGUGACCCCGGGUGAGUGUAAGCAGAUUGGUGCAAAGGCAAUCAAGGCGGUUUCGGUUACUUGCUAA